AUGAUCAAACGUUUAUAUUCAACUUAUAAAAGAGUUCCUCAAGUAUGUAUAGUGGGAGCCGGGCCAGCUGGGUUUUAUGCGGCGAUGCAUAUAACCAAGCAUUUCAGUCCAGUCAAGAUUGACAUUCUUGAAAAACUUCCUGUUCCCUUUGGGCUUGUAAGAUAUGGUGUGGCUCCUGAUCAUCCGGAAGUUAAAAAUGUCAUAAAUCAAUUUUCAAAAUGUGCCCAACAAGAUAAUGUAAAUUUUUAUGGUAAUAUUACAUUAGGAAAGGACAUAAGUCUGAAACAACUGAGACAGCACUAUGAUGCUGUAUUGCUGACUUAUGGGGCUGAGGAAGACAGGGUUCUAGGUAUAGAAAAUGAAAAUGCUAAUAAUGUUAUAGCAGCCAGGAAUUUUGUUGGAUGGUAUAAUGGACAUCCUAGAGAUAGAAAUCUAAAGGUUGACUUAUCUCAACCGACAGCAGCUAUUCUUGGACAAGGAAAUGUUGCUUUGGAUGUUGCAAGAAUACUUCUCUCACCUAUUGAUGAAUUAAAGAAAACAGACAUCACUGAAUAUGCCCUGAAAGCAUUGGCUGAUUCAAGAGUCAAGGAAUUAUAUCUUAUUGGCAGAAGAGGACCUUUACAAGUAGCAUUCACGAUAAAGGAACUUCGUGAACAAAUCAAGUUAAAGAAUUGUUCAACUGUAUGGAGAGAAAAUGAUUUUCAAGGUGUAGCAGAUGCAGUUAGUCAAUUACAAAGACCAAGGAAGAGGCUGACCGAACUAAUGCUCAAAUCCUUAGCUGAAAAUAGCAAAAAUGAAGGCUAUGAAAAAUGCUUUAAACCAAUUUUCUUCAGAAGUCCAAAAAGGUUUUUAGUUGAUGGUGAUAAAAACCUGACGGGUAUUGAAUUAGUAUGUAAUAAGCUUGUAGGAGAUAGUAUAGAAAACCAGAAGUGUGUACCAACAGAAGAUUUAGAAAUAUUAAAAUGUAAUCUUGCUUUUCGUAGCAUAGGAUAUAAGAGUAUUAAGGUUGAUGAUGAUCUAAUGUUCAAUUCAUAUGGGUAUGUUCAAAAUUCUAAAGGUCGCAUUGAUGAUUUGGAGUGUAAAGGUUUGGCAAAAGUCUAUGUGUCUGGCUGGUUAGGAACAGGCCCAGUUGGUGUUAUUUUACACACAAUGGGCAAUGCAUUCCAAGUUGCAAAAAUGAUUUGUGAAGAUUUAAAUCAGGGUGAAUUUGAUACAGAUAAAGGUGGUUUCAAUGAUGUUAAGAUGCAUCUAAAUAAUAGUGUUAUAAUAGAUUGGCAUGGUUGGGAGAAAAUUAAUAAAUAUGAAAUUGAACAGGGACAGAAAUGUGGUAAAAUACGUGAAAAAAUUACAUCUGUUUCAAAAAUGAUAGAGGUGUUAACAAUGGCCGAGGAAAAUUGGACCGAAGAUGGCGAGGCAGGCAGCAUGGCUGUUGAUGCCAUGCCCCCGCCACAACCGGCAGAUAUCCCAGAGAUCAAACUCUUUGGAAGAUGGAGUUGUUAUGAUGUCCAAGUUUCGGACAUGUCCCUACAGGAUUAUAUUUCCGUGAAAGAAAAGUACGCCAAGUACUUACCUCACUCAGCGGGCAGGUAUGCACACAAACGGUUCCGCAAAGCUCAGUGCCCGAUUGUUGAGCGCCUGACCAAUUCCCUGAUGAUGCACGGCAGAAACAACGGCAAGAAACUUAUGGCUGUUCGUAUUGUCAAACACGCAUUCGAGAUCAUCCACCUUCUGACGGGUGAAAACCCCCUUCAGGUUCUUGUGACAGCUAUCAUUAACUCUGGCCCUCGUGAAGAUUCCACUAGGAUCGGUCGUGCUGGUACAGUGCGUCGUCAAGCUGUGGACGUUUCUCCCCUACGUCGUGUAAACCAGGCUAUUUGGCUCUUAUGCACUGGUGCUCGUGAGGCAGCCUUCAGGAACAUCAAGACAAUUGCUGAAUGUGUUGCUGAUGAGCUCAUCAACGCCGCUAAGGGCUCAUCCAACUCAUAUGCCAUCAAGAAGAAAGACGAGUUGGAACGUGUUGCUAAAUCCAACCAUAGGCAAAUAUUUUUAAAAAUGAUUCACAGUUUAUUUAUUAUAAAUCCUGCUGGGGAUGUGUUUUUAGAAAAGCAUUGGCGAAGUGUUAUACCUAGAUCAGUAUGUGAUUAUUACUUAGAAGCUCAGAGAGCUUCGCCUAAUGAUGUCCCUCCAGUGAUAGCUGCUCCUCAUCAUUAUCUAAUUUCAAUUCAGAGAGGAGGAGUUGCCCUGGUGGCUGUCAGCAAACAAGAGGUGCCACCUCUAUUUGUUAUUGAAUUCCUACAUAGAGUUGUGGAUACAUUCCAGGAUUACUUUUCUGAUUGCACUGAAACAAUUAUUAAGGAGAACUAUGUUGUUGUUUAUGAGUUGUUGGAUGAGAUGUUAGACAAUGGUUUCCCAUUGGCCACUGAGAGCAACAUUUUGAAGGAAUUGAUAAAACCUCCUAAUAUAUUUAGGACAAUAGCCAACACUGUGACAGGCAAAUCAAAUGUUUCAUCUAUACUACCUGGUGGACAACUUUCUAAUGUGCCAUGGCGUAGAACGGGAGUCAAAUAUGCUAAUAAUGAAGCAUACUUUGAUGUCAUUGAGGAAGUUGAUGCUAUUAUAGAUAAAAGUGGAGCAACUGUAUCUGCUGAAAUACAGGGAUAUAUUGACUGCUGUAUUAAGCUGAGUGGUAAACCAGAUCUGACCUUGUCUUUCGUGAAUCCAAGGCUGUUUGAUGAUGUGUCUUUCCAUCCUUGUGUGAGAUUUAAAAGAUGGGAGUCUGAAAGAAUAUUAUCUUUCAUACCACCAGAUGGUAAUUUUAGACUGAUGUCAUAUCACAUUGGUUCACAAAGUGUUGUGGCAAUACCUAUCUAUGUAAGACAUAAUCUAUCAUUACGAACCAAUGGAGACCAAGGACGAUUUGACAUGACUGUUGGUCCCAAACAAACCAUGGGCAGGACCUUGGAAAAUGUAGCAUUAGAGAUCUGUAUGCCGAAAUGUGUUCUCAACUGUUCACUAACUGCUAAUCAAGGAAAGUAUUCAUAUGAUCCUGUUAGUAAAGUACUGCUGUGGGACAUUGGACGUAUCGAACUACCGAAAUUGCCGAAUAUACGAGGAAGUGUUUCCCUAGCAUCAGGAUCCGAUACUUCAGGCGCUAAUCCCAGUAUCAACGUUCACUUCACCAUACCUCAAUUAGCGGUCAGCGGUUUGAGAGUCAGUCGGCUUGAUAUGUACGGCGCUAAAUACAAGCCGUUCAAAGGUGUCAAAUAUGUCACCAAGGCUGGCAAAUUCCAUGUCAGGAUGUAA